UAAAAAUGAGUGACUGGUUGGUCGUUGGGUUAGCCGGAGUAACGUGCAGUGGAAAAACAUCGCUGUCUAACAAAAUACACGCCAAGUUAUCAGAUUCAGUUAUCGUUAAUCAAGACGACUAUUUUCUUCCAGUAGACAGUCCUCGACACACGUUUAUCCCGGAACUGAAUCAUAUUAAUUUUGAUAUAUUGAGCAGCCUAGACAUGCAAAAAAUGCACAGAGAUGUAUUGAACAUACUUCGCAAUCGUAAGUCAGAGAACGGAUGCAAUGGUAGUUCCGGAACCAAAAAAGUAUUGAUCAUCGAAGGCUUUCUGAUCUAUGGAUACAAACCAAUAUCCGAUUUAUGCGAUUUAAAGUAUUUCAUUACACUUGACCAAGAGGUUUGUUGGGACAGGCGGAAAAUUCGUACCUAUGAACCUCCAGAUGUUCCUGGUUACUUUGACAAAAUAGUAUGGCCUGAGUAUUUGAAACAUAAAUCAGAAAUAUUAGAUAAUAAGUAUUCAGACCACGGAAUUAAAUUGAUUGAUGGGUUACGAUCAAAGGAGGAUAUUUUUGAACAAGUAUAUACCGAAAUCAAGACCUUGCUCGGUCAUAACCAUCGUUUGGGUGAUUUGUCAGUCGUCAGUUGAUCUUCGAGUCAAUGAAAACUUCUAAUCGUUGGGAGCUAAUGUCUUCGAUUUAAUAAACUAUUAUGAAAAUAA